UUAAAAUAAAGAGACUCACCCUUCACGUGUUCCCGGAACCUCCUCUUCUGUGACGUAAGCGUCCUGGUUGAUCCAUGGCGCCACCGGAGCGGGGUGGACAGCCGCGCCCCUGGGUUUCGGGUUGGAGGGACUCCACUCUCUUGAAGAAUGGGGACUGCUGGGGGGCAGCUGUAGAAAAGUGCGCAGGCACGAAAACGGUCCCGCGAUGCUGGCGAGCGCGGGCUAUAUGCGCGGGGAUCGCGCGUGGUUCCCUUGCCUCCCCCGCCGAGCUCCGCGAUGGUUCCCGCCAGCAGCGCGGGCGGCUUGAAGGUGUCUGAAGGGGCGCGCCGGCUAAAGGCAGCUUCCAGUCGGGGCCUCGCUAUGGAUUCUCUUCGUGCCGAGACCCGCGCCUUGGAAGCCGAAAUCACGGCCUUGAGGCGGGCCUGCGUGGAGCUGCCGGAUCCCGGGGUAGACACCACCCGAGUCCGAAGAUCAUUUCAAGAAAUACGCCAGUCAGAUUCUGAAGGAUGGGAAUCUUCAAAAGAUCUGAGAAGUCGCCUUGGACAUUUAGAAUCAGAACUUCUGUUUCUAAGUACCCUUACUGGCAUCAAUAUAAGAAAUUACUCCCAGAGGACAGAGGACAUAAUGAAUGCUGAGAUGACAGAAACAGGCACAAAGAAAGUUCUACAGAGACACAGAUUAUCAGGAAAUUGCCACAUGAUUACAUUUCAACUUGAAUUUCAGAUUCUGGAAAUCCAGAAUAAGGAGAGUGUAUCUUCAGUGAUUACUGACCUCAGCAUAAUAAUGGAGCCCACCGAAUAUUCAGAAUUAAGUGAAUUUGUGUCUAGAGCAGAAGAAAGAAGAGAUCUGUUUAUGUUUUUCCGAAGCCUACACUUCUUUGUGGAGUGGUGUGAAUAUCGUAAGCGCACAUUUAAACAUUUCAAGGAGAAGUACCCAGAGGUGGUGCACCUGUCAGAGGGGGCCUCCUCCAGCUGCAUGGGGAUCCGGAGCCCCCGCCAGCCAGGGUUUGAACUAGUCAUUGUUUGGAGGAUACAGAUAGAUGAAGAAGGGAAGGUUUUGCCAAAGCUGGACCUUCUCACCCAAGUUCCGCUACAAGCCCUGGAACUGGACAAGAACAGAGUCGUCGAAACUGCUCCCUUCAGCUUCCGAACCCUGCUGGGUGUGCUGGGCAUUGAAGCCACUCUGGAAAGCCUGAUAAAAUCGCUUUGCACAGAGGAGAACUAGUUCCCAGGCAGUGAACACAGAGGAGUAAGAUGCUG